UUCCAUUAAGCUAAACAAAUCCCUUUCUCCUCCUUCAAUCCCUCGUCAUUCCUGUUCCUCCCUAUGCCUAUUAUAGGUGGAGAAUAAACUCGCUAUUUCCAAAGAAAGGCGGGCAUUUUGAAGGUUUCACCUCGUUUCAGCGGUUUAAUAUCACCUCUCUGUCGUGGAUCUGUCUCUCGGGCUUCGUCAAUCUCACAAUCCUCAAUUGAUCAAUUUGUGGCUUCAUCGCCGAUUAUAAGAAAUGGCUUUGGAGUCCUGCCCGUCGGUUAAGAACAUUCUCCUUCUGGAUUCAGAAGGGAAGCGUGUGGCUGUCAAGUAUUACUCUGAUGACUGGCCAACACUUACUGCCAAGCAAAAUUUUGAGAAAUCUGUGUUCUCAAAAACCCAAAAAACUAAUGCUCGUGCUGAAGCGGAAAUAGCCAUGAUUGAAAAUUAUAUUGUUUCAUAUAAGUUUGUCUCCGACCUACACUUUUUCGUCACGGCUGGCGAUGAUGAGAAUGAACUCAUUUUAGCAACAGUUCUUCAAGGAUUCUUCGAUGCAGUUGGCAUUCUAUUAAGGAACAAUGUUGAUAAAAGGUCUGCUCUAGAGAAUUUGGAUCUAAUUCUUCUCUGCCUCGAUGAGAUUGUGGAUGGGGGGAUUAUUCUAGAAACAGAAGCAAGUGUAAUAGCUGAAAAAGUGGCGAGCCAAGGUCUUGAUGGAGGGGCACCUCUGUCUGAGCAGACCAUAUCCCAAGCAAUUGCGACAGCUAGGGAGCAUUUGGCUAGAUCACUUCUCAAAUAGUACUUGAGCAAUAUCGUCUUUUAUUUCAGUUAUGUCAUGUCUUUUAUUUCAAUACAUCUGUGGAGCCUUGCUUUUUUAGUUUUUAGAUUUUUUUUCCUUCUACAUGAUAAUUCUGACUGACUGGACUUUUGAAGGAUGAUGAUAAUGGGUGAGAGGUUGCCUUAAAUUUAAUUCUUCUUGUCAUCUGCAAUUCCCCUUCCAAUGAAAUUUCAAGUUUCAAGUUUCCAGUUUGACAA